GAUAAGAAAGCUGUUGAAAAGACGACAGACGGUUGACCCAAACUCACUGCGAUCCAUAACCAGUCGUCACGAUGCUAGUUUUACUUCUCGCUCUCUCUGCCACGGCCGUACUGGCCCAAGAGCCCAGACCAUGCCAAAGCCCCCGACAGUUCGAAGGCAGACUUGCCCGUAUCGACCGAUCACGUGGCUUUGCCGUCUUCGCCCACUUCAGUUACGACGAGGACAACAGAAGGAUUAGGGAAUCUGAGGAGAUUGACAUCGGCUCUACCACCGAUUACUUCGACGUCCUGUACCUCCACAACAUUGGCAAGGAGUACCGUUACAACUACAGAACCAAAAACUGCACCGUGUCCGAUCUGACCCGUCCCUUCAUCCCGUUCGGCGUCCCCGCCGACGCGCGUUUCCGUGGUGAGGGCAGCAUUGGUGCCUCCGGACGCCCCGAUGAACAUGUCACAGCUGUCCUCUUUGAGGGAGAGUUUGAGUCCAAUCCCUACGCCUUCGUGGUGACCAGCCCCGACUGCUUCCCCAUCGAGAUGGACUUCUACAGCAACAGAACCGGCGCUGUCCGCACCACGUUCUAUGACAUCACAAUCGGCAUCCACGACCCCAGCCGUUUCAUCCCACCACCAGAGUGUCCCCAGUAAACAUUCCCUAUUUGUUUUUUUCACAUGUUUACUCAUCUUAGUUUGUACCAUUUUCUGUAUUAAAGGUGUACAAAGUAACAUACA